AUGCUCAGGUUGCAGGCGCUCGUCGCCUAUCAGAGGAACAACAACUGCUCCAUGCGCGUGUACACGUCGUCGGUCGACUCGUAUGCCACGAUGCUGCCGGAGGGGAGAUUGAAGUACCAGGUCUCAAGGAUGUCCGCGACGUUUGAGAAGGAUAGUGAGACGAUGAUAUUCGCGACGGUACACCUGACCAGCGAUAUGUUGACAAUCAACCAAGUGUGGCAAGAAGGUCCCCUGAAUGGGAGAGCCAAUGGACUGAGCAUGCAUGCAACGAGUGACGAUCAUAUCACAUGUUUCGGAAUUCUCAAUGUUGCCACUGGCACAACAUCUUGA